AUGGCAGUCGACCUUUUCCCUCAACUCGCCCCCACGUCAUAUCAUUCUCUGUUCACCACUGCCAAUGAUGGGGAGGAGGAAGGACCCACCACCAAUUUUGACUACGAUGAGAGUGAGCCCUGCCGGAAAGCCGACGUGAAACAAAUCGCAGCCAGGCUCCUGCCUCCCCUUUACUCACUGGUGUUCAUCUUCGGAUUCCUGGGCAACCUGCUGGUGGUCCUCACCCUGAUCAACUGCAAGAAGCUGAAGAGCAUGAGCGACAUCUACCUGCUCAACCUGGCCAUCUCUGACCUGCUCUUCCUCAUCACCCUCCCCUUUUGGGCGCACUAUGCGGCAGACGAGUGGGUCUUGGGGGACGCCAUGUGUAAACUCUUCACAGGGAUGUAUCACAUUGGCUAUUUCGGGGGCAUCUUCUUCAUCAUCCUCCUGACCAUCGACAGGUACCUGGCCAUUGUCCACGCCGUAUUUGCUUUAAGGGCCAGGACGGUCACUUUUGGUGUGGUGACGAGUGUGGUCACCUGGGUGGUGUCGGUGCUUGCCUCACUCCCAGGGAUCAUCUUUACCAAAUCCCACGAGGAAGAUUCUCAGGUCUUCUGUGGUCCUCAUUUUCCAGCCGGGUGGAGGAAUUUUCAUACAGUCAUGAGGAACAUUCUGGGCCUGGUACUUCCGCUACUGGUGAUGACCAUCUGCUACUCAGGCAUCCUCAAAACCCUACUUCGGAGCCGGAAUGAGAAGAAGAGGCACAAGGCCGUGAGGCUCAUCUUCGCCAUCAUGAUCAUGUACUUCCUUUUCUGGACUCCCUAUAACAUUGUCUUGCUCCUGAGCACCUUCCAGGAAUUCUUCGAGCUGAGUAACUGUAGCAGCACCAGUCAGCUGGACCAGGCCAUGCAGGUGACAGAGACCCUGGGGAUGACACAUUGCUGCAUCAACCCCAUCAUCUACGCCUUUGUCGGGGAGAAGUUCAGAAGGUAUCUCUCAGGAUUCUUCCGCAAGCACAUCGCCAAACACCUCUGCAAACAGUGCCCUAUUUUCUAUGGGGACACAGCAGAACGAGCAAGUUCCACGCACACACCAUCCACCGGAGAUCAGGAAAUCUCGGCUGGCCUCUAA